UGUCAAACAAGAUACAGCUCAAGAGUGUAUGGAUUCAAUAAAGAAAGGUCAGGCAGAUAUAGUAAACUUAGAUGCAGGACUUGCUUACAUUGCCUUCCUCAAUUACUCCAUGAAAGCCAUUGCCAAUGAGAUAUACUGCAACCAUGCCCAAACCUAUGAUGCUGUUGCAGUUGUAAACAGAAAGGCCUGCAUGGCUAAUCGGGCAAUCAAUGUGAUGGACUUUAAGGGACAAAGGUCUUGUCAUGGAGGCUACUCCACCGCUGCUGGCUGGAACUACCCAAUGUCUCAUAUCAAGAAACUGUUUGAUUCCAAGACAAUGAGUGACCGGGAAAUGGCUUUGAGUUUUUUCUCUGAGGUCUGUGCUCCUUCGGAAUUUGAAGGAAUGGGUGCUUGUACUGGGUGUGGAAAAGCGAAUGGGUCGUGUAAUGGGAACAGUUUGUUGUUCUUUGGUUACUCUGGAGCGUUUCGUUGUCUCGUGGGGGGCUUUGGGGAUAUUGCCUUUGUUAGAAGUGAUACUGCUUUGCUCUACUCCAUGGAAGGUCCUCAAAACCAGUCUUGGUCAACAAAAUCUGUUAGAGGUUUCAUGUAUCUUUGCCCACAAGGGGGUUGCAGAGAAAUCAAUGGCUAUCCAGGAUCCUGUUCGUAAGUGACCGAACUUCUUGUUGGUAUUGUUUUCGCUUUCUUUGUUAUAUAAAAUAAAAACAAUGAAAAUUCAAAAAUACUCACCCAUUUCGUAUCUUUUGUCAUUUUUGUGUGAAAACAAUUUUUUGAUUUAAAAAAUGGACUGUUUUCCAAAAAUAAUAAUAUAAUAAUGAUAAAUUAUGAAAGCAGUAUGCCAAAACAAAUUUUAUAUUAAAAGAUAAAUUUGCUAAACAUAAAAAUGAUGUGUGAAAAUCUAUUCACCCCCAAAAAAUGUGUGAUAAUCACUGUUUGGAAUGAUUGAUAGGGGAAUGGAGGAAGGAGCCCAAGUAAGAAAUGAAUCAGU